CACUUAUGCCAUUCACUUGUCGGCAAGCGGAGCAAGUUCCCCAACUCCAUUUUCUCGCUUCUCGGCGGCAUAGGUUUCCCGCCACAAAAAGGGAGAAGAAUCCUGCCUCGGAGAUCGGCCGCUAGAGAAAGCCGAAAGGUAAGCCAAAAAGGAAACAUCCGUUGCUAUUUGCCCCCCGUCAAAUUGCUGCAAAGCAAGAGAAAGUGAUGCGACUAAACCUGCUGGAAUUCUUCUAUUUCCCUCGAAACUCUUAGACUCGAAUGCGAUUACUCGCGGCGGGAACUAUUUUCAGUCAAUGUCGAUGGCGUCUUCGUCGUUCUCCGGGUCGGGUAAUGCUCUAAUGUGGUUUCGGAAGGGGCUUCGGAUCCACGACAACCCAGCCCUAGAAUGUGCUUCCAGAGGGGUUACAGGUGGGGGGUUUCUUUACCCGGUGUUCGUGAUUGAUCCACAUUACAUGGAGCCCGACCCGAGGGCUUCCUCACCUGGGUCGAGUCGAGCCGGUUUGAACAGAAUCCGGUUCUUGUUGGAGAGCUUGAAAGAUCUGGACUUGAGCUUGAGGAAGCUUGGUUCAAGGUUGCUGGUUAUGAAGGGUGAACCUGGAGAGGUUUUGAUCAACUGCUUGAAGCAAUGGAAUGUUGAAAAGCUUUGCUUUGAGUAUGAUACAGAUCCUUAUUACCAACAGUUAGAUAUGAGAGUUAAGGACUACGCAUCUGCAGCUAGAAUUGAAGUCUUUUCUCCGGUGAGUCACACUCUAUUCAAUCCUGCUGAUAUCAUACAAAAGAAUGGAGGAAGGCCGCCUGUGAGCUACCAAUCAUUUCUGAAGCUCGCUGGGGAACCCUCAUGGGCGUCUUCCCCACUCAUGACAAUAUUUCCUUCACUUCCUUCUGUUGGAGAUGUUGGAAGCUCUCAGAUUGUGGAAGUCCCUACUUUGGAAGAGCUUGGUUAUGUGGACAUUGAAAUGGGCAAUGAACUGCCUCCUUUUAGGGGUGGUGAAUCAGAAGGAUUGAAGCGGCUGCGAGAAGCUAUCAGCAAUGAGAAGUGGGUGGCGACUUUUGAAAAGCCUAAAGGUGAUCCAUCGGCAUUUCUAAGGCCUGCAACUACAACACUUUCACCGUAUCUCAAAUUUGGAUGUGUUUCUUCCAGGUACUUCUACCAAUGCAUUCAGGAUGUUUAUACAAGAAACAAAAAACAUACAUCACCACCAGUUUCUCUUCUUGGCCAGUUGUUGUGGAGAGAUUUCUUCUACACUGUGGCUUUUGGUACUCCAAACUUUGAUCAGAUGAGAGGAAACAAAAUAUGCAAGCAGAUACCGUGGAAUGAUAAUGAUGAAUUGUUAACAGUUUGGAGAGAAGCUAAAACAGGAUAUCCUUGGAUUGAUGCUAUCAUGACCCAACUCCACAAGUGGGGUUGGAUGCAUCAUCUAGCAAGGCAUUGUGUUGCAUGUUUCCUGACUCGUGGUGAUCUGUUUGUUCAUUGGGAAAAAGGGCGUGAUGUUUUUGAAAGGCUUCUGAUUGAUUCGGACUGGGCCAUCAAUAGUGGGAAUUGGAUGUGGCUCUCUUGUUCGUCAUUCUUUUACCAGUAUAAUCGGAUCUACUCACCGAUAUCAUUUGGGAAGAAAUAUGAUCCUAACGGGAACUAUAUUAGACAUUUUCUGCCUAUAUUGAAAGAUAUGCCAAAGGAGUACAUCUACGAGCCAUGGACUGCACCUCUCAGUGUCCAAACUAAAGCCAAAUGCAUCAUAGGAAAGGACUAUCCAAAACCUAUGGUGUCUCAUGAUUCAGCAAGCAAAGACUGUAAGCAGAAGUUGGCCGCAGCUUAUGAGUUAAACAAGAAGUUAAAUGGGGUUGUUAGUGAAGAGGAUCUGAAAGUCUUGCAAAGAAAACUGGAUGCAACUUGUGAUUCCGUUCUCAACCCAGUUCACUCCCACUCUUCUUCCGGUGAUAAAAGGCAGAGACGGUCAUAGGUUUUAUUAGUCAUCUAGACACGCAAUGUGUACUAUUAUAUAUUUAAAGUAGCCAAAACAAACUACCAUAUUCAUAUAUCUGUCCUAUAUUAUGAUGAUGGACUCUGCGAUUUGACAGCAUUCUGUUUCAGUUCUUCCCAGAUAUCUACAUGUCAAUGUGUAACACUACAGAACAAUAGAAUGAAAGAACGAUGGCUUGAUUAUUUAUAAUGGUUGAGCACUGAAAUGAAAUCUGUGGCUGCAACUUCUGUCCCUUAACUGCUUGGCUGGUCCUCUCACUCCAUUGCACUGCAUUCUGUUGUUGGCAGGCCUCGACAUAAUCAAGCAGCAGAACGUGGGUUUGCUGCAACUUAUGCACUAGCACACAUCUUACAGUUUCAGACCUCUCAAUCCCACCUGUUAUUUAAGAAGUCUCUUUUUUUUGAAAGAGGAGACUUUUAUUCCAAUCCGAGUCAAAAGAAGCCAACAGGUUACUGAAGUGGCGAUGGCAAAUCAGCAACAACAACCAAAUCCAAUGGUAACGAAUUGACACGAGCGUUCCGAGCCACCCAAUCAGCCAUUGCUCAUCAGCAGAAACCAAGUGAGCGUUGUUUGUUUACUCCCCGCAAUUUAUUGUCAAUCCACUGACUUGAAACUUUGCAGACAAUGCCACCACCAUUUCUUUCAAAAAACGUGCACCAUCAACAAGUUACAUGAACACUUUCCCUACAGCCACCUCAAACCAGAGCCGCAGAUAAGUAAACCCAAAAAUCGAAAUCGGGAUCACGCACAAGAUAUACGCCGAAACCCCAAACCACGUCAACCCAGAAGCCCCUUCGAAAUUGGAGAUCAUUAGCGACAGCGACGCCGCGAACGUCAGCAAGAUGCAGGCUAUGGCGACGUAGAGCCAGAGCAGGCUCUGUAUCAGCAUCUUGGGCAGCGCCACCAGGAAAUCCUCCUCCUGGCACCGCGACAUCAGCAUCUUCAGGAACAUCAGCAGCGAGAUCGAAGACGCCACGAGGGCGACGGCGUUGGUGUAGACGAAGCUGCGGAAUCGAGAGUGUCGGGAGAGGAUCGGCAGGCCCGAUUCGUCGGUGCCGCCGGGGAACGUGAAGCAGCCGGCGAAAGCGACCGUCACUAUAAGCGCGGCUAUGGUGGCGCAGUUGGAAGAGAUCUCUUUCAUCCACUGGCCGCCCUCUUGGACCAGCUCCUUGUGCUGCUCGGUGAAGACUUCCCUCGGGGUCUUGCCGGCGUUGUUCUUCGCGUUGCGAUGCCUUUUGUCGACUAUCUUUUCUGCCGUCUUGAACCACUUCAACUCGCGCUGAAUGUGCAUAGCCGGCCCGCAGACAUUGUCGGCGGGUCUGAUCUCCGCCGCCAAAUGCAAGAAAUUGUUGCCCUCUCCGUCCUCGAGAAACCUGCCGCACGGUGGGAACGAAACCUUCCGCGUCAGGAGCUCGAACACUUCCAGCUGCCGGUGGAGGACGGCCUGGUGGAACAAGCUGUGCCCGUUCCCGUCGAAAUCGAGGACCGCCCUGGGGUAAUUCGUCAGGAUCGCCUCCACGAACUCGACGAUCCCCAGCCUCACCGCCGUCUGGGUCGAGGAUUUCAGCACCUUCAGCACCUCUGGGCCGCCGAGAUCGAGUGCCUGGUCGAUCAGGAACGUGAGCAGCUCCACGGCGUGGGUGUGGUGCAGCUUCUGGUUGUAGAGCCGCUUCUGGAGGAAGUGGUGGCGGUAGGCCGUCACGUAAUCUUUUGGUCGCGAAUGCCAGUUGCUCGACUCCUCUUCGUCCGCUCCCUUCUCGUAUUUCCCGGCGCGUGGAGCGUGGAUGACUUGGUAGAAGAUGGCGUCGGAGAUGCCGAAUUCGGUCCCACUGCGGAAGGCCUCUGGCUUGUGUGCUAAAGUCUCCAUUGGUGUCUUCCACUUGUCGUUCUCUUCCCAUGCCAGGGAUGGGUAGCGCUUUAAUAUGUCCAAGGCAACAUCGUAUAAAUCGGCCGAAAUGAGGAGAUGGACGAGUUUGACCCCAGAUUCACCGUCGAACAACCGGUUCGGAUCCUCCAUUGAUCUUCCCGACUCGCUGUCCACUGCCGCGGAUCCCUUUGGCCGGCGGCUGAUCUCCGACAGAAGCAAGCUGACAGUGUCUCGCCGCCCAAAAGCCGCCGCCACAUGGAGCGGGGAGUCGUCGUCGCUAUUUCUCUCCAUUAGCAACGAUCGGUUGCUAUUCAUCAGGAUUUCGACCGCCGGCUUAUUCCCCACCGACGCGGCAUUGUGGAGCGCCGUGUUCCCGUUCUCGUCUUUCUCGUUGACCAAGUCCUUGGAGAUUCUGCUCACGAGCUCUUUGAUCGAAUCGGGGUUCCCGCCGGAGAGAACCUCGAUCUGGAGGUGCGCCUUUUGCCGCCUUAAGUUCCUCGUCGUGUCGUGAACUCUGUUGGAAUAUCCCGUCGCUAGAAUCACUUCGUUGCCACCGUCCAUCGGUUCUGAUGAACUGAGAAGAGGCAAACUUUGUUCCUGGAGUAGUCCUGCUGUUCCGAAGCUCUGGGAGGCAGCCUGCUGCUGCUGCGCCAUUAGGAAUUUUAAGAGGAGAGAGUAAUGAAGCUCCCGGCCGGCCACAAGGUCCAAUCUAAACGAGUAGUAGUAAUGAAAGAAUGAUCUUUUUAAUUUCCUCCCUUUGCAUGUGUUAAUAGUUUAUAUGUUGGAUCCCAUCUCUUAUCUUUAGUAAGUCAACCCAUCCGAUGGUGGGUCGUAUUCACAUUUAUUUUACAAUAAUUUUUAUUUGGGUGAGGAAAUUUAUAUAGGAAA